AUGUUUGUGGUACCCAGUAUCAUUCAGCUUGUAGUGACCAUUACACUCGUGUUAGUUGGUGUGUGCGGAAAUCUUGUCAUACCGUUUAUUUCCUAUCGUACCAACCUAAGAUGUCCUCACAUCACUUUGCUGGCUGCACUCGACUUUACAGCUACGUUACUUGGACCCGGGGUCAUGCUCGUGAUUCUUGUUUUAGGCCCAACAUGGCUGGUACAUAAAAAGGCACUCUGUCACACCCUCAACUUUCUAAGUACCUGGCAGCUGAUCACUAGCUUUCUGGUUCUUUUCGCUCUGGCUGUGUUUUGCCAAACAUUGAAGCAUUAUAUUCGUCCUGCCGAGAAACGCCGUGCCAAUAGGAAACAAGUCGCAUUUCUUGCUGUGUGUCUGUUAGUAGCAUUGCUUAUAGCAGUCAUUCCUCUUCUAAACUGGACUUCUCAUCAAGGGCUCCCCUUUUUACACUCUUGUGCUCAAGCGAAAGACUCCCAUCUGAUCUCCAAUUAUUCGCUCUUUUUGCUCGUUUUUUCCUUUGUUGCCCUGUUAGUCACGAUUAUUCUCGGUUUUCGCGUCAGAAAACAUCGUCGAUUGUACCCACUUCAGAUCUUCUGGGAAAGGCAUCAACUCGAGACGAAAAUCAACGACCCAGAAUUGACAACUACAGCUUCAUCUAACACGUCGUGGUCUCGAUCGCGGAGGAAGUCAAUUCAUUCAAGAAUUCAGUCCAGAAUCCAGUCAAGACGUUCAAGUGUUCGAUCACGAUCUGGAACGAUUUUGUCUCACAACACCACUGAGAGUCCUAUAGCGUCAAGGAGGAAUUCUAUUCAGCAGCUAAGGCCGUUUGACAACAGUCUGUUGGAAAUUAUCCUCCGCAACGUCCGACUAGAUCGCAAUGCUUCGGAGGACGCAAACGUAAAAGACACUUCACCCACCUCUGUUGAUAAUUCGUCUAGAAAAGACUCCCAGUCGAGUUCGCCAUCUAUCCAGUUGUCGAUAGCAACCUCUUAUCGGGAUCCAUUUGUCAUCUCCUCAAGGAUCCAUCCCAAAGUGCAGGCCCUGUUUUAUCCAAGGAAAGUUUUCCAUAGUCCCCGAUUCCUGCCUCAGUUCACUGCCCUCCAACAGCGUGUGAGCCUCUCACGGCUGCUGACACUGAGGUGCUGCUUGACCGUGUUUUGCUGGUUGCCUCUUUAUGUCUCAGUCACGAUGCAACUGUUUUCAGCAAACUAUCCUCACCAAUUACACGCUGUCAUGUAG